AUGCCCGUCGCGGCGACAGUAGGUACGCCAGUGCCAGGCGCAGCAACACCUGACGUGGCGACGGCGGAUGCGCCAGUGCCAAGCACAGCUGCACCCGACGUGGUGGCCCCCGAAGCUCCCGACGUGAUGGCCCCCGAAGCUCCAGCUACGGCAGCAGUGGGCGCGGCAACGGCGAGCGCCUCGGCAACGGGCGCGGCAACGGCGAGCAUCUCGGCUCCUGAGGUCCCGACAGCUGUACCGGAUGUCCCCUCCCCCAGCGCUCAACCUACGGCAGAGGAAGAGCUGGAGGAGGUCUCUGGUAGGCAGCUCCCGCAGGGUUCCCCGGAGGAGGAAGCGGCUCCGCUCCCCCAGGUGCUGGUUCGGGUCCGGCGCACGAUAGAGGAGGCGACCUCUACCGCCGAGACGGCCUUCCGGAGGGAGUGGGCGGCCCUGUAG